UGCUUGCACGAGAACAUGUACAGCCACACGAUCGAGCAGAGCUCAAAUGGCUACUACAUCAUCAGCAUGCGUUUCCAUUGCUGUACUAGUAGUAGUGCUAUCGUCCACCUCAUGCUAUUCUUCUCCAAGUCCGACGACCACCGCCAAUGGCAGCAGCGACACCGAUCUCGCCGCCCUGCUGGCUUUCAAGUCCCAGCUUACCGACCCCCUCGGCGUUCUGACAAGCAACUGGAGCACCAGCACCUCUUUCUGCCACUGGCUUGGUGUCACCUGCAGCCGCCGCCGCCGACAUCGUCGUGUCACUGGACUGUCGCUGCCACACACGCCCCUCCAUGGACCCAUCACUCCUCUCCUCGGUAACCUCUCGUUUCUCUCCUUCCUCAGGCUCACCGACACCAACCUCACGGCCUCCAUCCCAGCUGAUCUUGGCAAGCUACGCCGUCUUAGACAUCUCUGUCUAGGUGAAAACAGCCUCUCUGGUAGGAUUCCUCCUGACCUGGGAAACCUAGCAAGGCUCGAGGUUCUUGAAUUAGGCAGCAACCAACUCUCCGGUCAGAUACCUCCAGAGUUGUUGCUGCAUCUGCACAAUCUUCAGGUGAUUUCUCUAGAAGGGAACUCCUUGAGUGGGCAGAUCCCGUCUUUUCUAUUCAACAACACGCCUUCCUUGAGGUACCUAUCUUUCGGAAACAACAGCCUAUCAGGUCCUAUACCGGAUGGUGUUGCCUCCCUGUCUCAACUCGAGAUUCUAGACAUGCAGUACAAUCAGCUCUCCAGCCUAGUGCCACAAGCCCUGUACAACAUGUCCUGGCUUCGAGUCAUGGCGCUGGCAGGCAACGGGAACCUGACCGGACCAAUACCAAACAAUAAUCAGACAUUCAGGCUCCCUAUGCUACGAUUUAUUUCCCUCGCCCGGAACAGAAUCGCCGGUCGGUUUCCUGCGGGGCUUGCAUCAUGCCAGUACUUAAGGGAAAUCUAUUUAUAUAGCAAUUCUUUCGUGGAUGUUCUCCCAACAUGGUUAGCUAAAUUGUCACGACUUGAAGUAGUUUCACUGGGUGGAAAUAAGCUUGUUGGUACAAUCCCAGCUGUUCUUAGCAACCUCACCCGCCUCACAGUACUAGAGCUCUCUUUUGGCAACCUUACAGGAAAUAUUCCACCAGAGAUAGGAUUACUUCAGAAACUUGUGUACUUGCUUCUUUCAGCUAAUCAGUUGUCUGGCUCGGUACCGCGGACACUGGGGAACAUUGCUGCUUUACAGAAGCUCGUUCUACCCCACAACAACCUAGAGGGGAAUAUGGGCUUCUUGUCAUCUCUUUCAGAAUGUAGGCAGCUGGAAGACCUUAUCUUGGACCAUAAUUCUUUCGUAGGUGCCCUUCCAGACCAUUUGGGUAAUCUCUCGGCACGGUUAAUUAGUUUCAUUGCAGAUCAUAAUAAGUUGGCAGGUAGUCUUCCAGAAAAAAUGUCCAACUUAAGCAGCCUUGAACUGAUAGAUCUUGGUUACAACCAACUCACUGGGGCAAUUCCAGAAUCAAUCGCUACGAUGGGAAAUCUCGGGUUGCUUGAUGUCUCUAACAAUCACAUUUUAGGCCCUUUGCCAACACAGAUUGGCACGCUUUUGAGUAUACAACGACUAUUUCUUGAAAGGAACAAAAUCUCUGGCUCCAUACCAGAUAGCAUUGGCAAUCUUAGCAGGUUAGAUUACAUUGACUUGUCCAACAACCAGUUAAGUGGAAAGAUACCAGCAAGCUUAUUCCAACUUCAUAACCUUAUCCAAAUAAAUCUUUCCUGUAAUUCCAUUGUCGGUGCUCUGCCAGCCGACAUUGCUGGCCUAAGACAAAUCGACCAAAUUGAUGUUUCUAGUAACUUCUUGAAUGGAAGCAUCCCAGAAUCAUUGGGACAGCUCAAUAUGCUAACCUAUCUGAUUCUCUCACACAACUCCUUGGAAGGUUCAAUUCCUAGCACUCUCCAAAGUCUAACUAGCUUAACAUGGUUAGACCUUUCCUCAAACAACCUCUCUGGUUCCAUUCCCAUGUUCCUUGAAAAUCUUACCGACUUGACUAUGCUGAACCUCUCCUUCAAUAGGCUCGAAGGCCCAAUACCAGAGGGAGGAAUUUUCUCUAAUAACCUUACGAGACAAUCUUUGAUUGGGAAUGCUGGGUUAUGUGGUUCUCCACGUCUUGGAUUUUCACCCUGUCUUAAAAAGUCUCACCCUUAUAGCAGACCUCUUCUAAAACUUCUACUCCCAGCCAUCUUGGUAGCUUCUGGCAUCCUUGCUGUUUUCUUAUACUUAAUGUUUGAAAAGAAACACAAGAAGGCCAAAGCUUAUGGUGAUAUGGCAGAUGUCAUAGGCCCUCAGUUACUCACCUAUCAUGAUCUCGUCCUUGCCACUGAGAAUUUCAGUGAUGAUAACCUGUUGGGAUCUGGAGGAUUUGGAAAAGUAUUUAAAGGCCAACUUGGCAGUGGUUUGGUUGUUGCUAUAAAAGUUCUAGACAUGAAGCUGGAGCAUUCGAUCAGAAUCUUUGAUGCUGAGUGUCAUAUACUACGCAUGGUGCGACACCGCAACCUGAUAAAGAUACUAAAUACCUGUUCGAACAUGGACUUCAAAGCAUUGGUUCUUGAGUUCAUGCCAAAUGGCAGCUUAGAGAAACUGCUACACUGCUCCGAGGGCACAAUGCACCUGGGAUUCCUCGAGAGGCUGAAUAUCAUGCUCGAUGUGUCCAUGGCAGUUCAUUAUCUGCACCAUGAGCACUACGAGGUGGUUUUGCACUGUGAUUUGAAGCCUAGUAAUGUGCUAUUUGACAAUGACAUGACAGCACAUGUGGCGGAUUUUGGCAUUGCGAAGUUGCUAUUAGGCGAUGACAACUCGAUGAUUGUUGCUAGCAUGUCUGGAACGGUUGGUUACAUGGCACCAGGAAAUUGGCGAGGGUGGCGUGAAGCAGCGCCAUGGCAACGUGGCUUCUUCAUCAACCUCGCAAAGAGUGGUCGCUACAUAUAUGCAUAAUUUGUGGAAAACCUUAGGGAUACAAGAAAAAAAACAGAAAACUACCAGACGGGGUGGACCAUAUAUGCGCUCUUCUUUUUUGUUUUUGACAUCUCUUGUGUAUGUACGUGCAUAGAGAGGGAUUAGCUGGUUCUUAGGAGCGAGGGCUUACCUAAAUCAAUCUAAUUUAAUGGUUGAAAAUAUUGGAUUCACCGGUUUAAAUGCAAAUCGAUGACUAUAUGUUUUGUUUUCCCCUAUAUUUUUUCUUAAAUUUUCUCCUAUUUAUUAGAGCAUCUCAUGGCAUCUUACAAGUGUUUGUAGGAGUAUAUAUAGGAACACUAUUACUUAUGGUCACAAUCUACUUAUAGUCAACUAUUGUUUAUUGGGAUUUUGUGGCAUCCUCUAUUUACCUAUGAUUUAUUGUUAAUGGUUUCCCACUUAGUACCAUCCUUUUAUCUUUGGUGCUUGAUGACAUACAUGUUUACUGGAUGUCAACUAAUUAUUAGGUGCAUUGUGCAUGGAUGUAUCAUAAGCAAUAUAACUUGACGAUUGGUGACACUGGUUUAUAUAUAGAACUUAUUACAUGGGAUUUAGCGGGGACAUACGAUUGAUAUAUUAUACCAUUCUUGAUUCACAAAGUAUAUUAUAUACUACAUAUUUAGUUUUAGUACAUAAGUAAUAAAUUUAUGGUUAAGUUCUAAAGUACUUAUCGGAUUGGAGUACUCCAUUAUUUAUCGUGACCACGUUUACCGAAUUGCUAAAUGGUGUGUAUUUUACAAAAUAAUUUUUAUUAUAGAAGUUUUCUAAAAAAAUAAAAUCCAUUUUCAAGUUUGUAAUAUUUAAUACUCGAUUAAUCAUGUGCUAAUGACUUGUGUCUUUUCGCGUGCCCUAUAUAAGCUAAAUCAAUGAGCCAGAUCGAACGAAGGCUCUAAGUAGGAGAAAAAGGAUAUUAAUAUGGUGUCAAAUGAAUAUAUUUGAUAUUCAAUUUUCUAGUAAUAUAUGAAUAGAGUAAACACAUAAUACAUGAAAAUAUAUUUGUGAUAAAUUUAGUAAAAUCCUUUUUCCAUAUAAGUAUUUUUUACAAUAGGGAGUGAAUAAUUUUUGAAAUUCUACCCACAGUUGAAGUUGUUUUUAUUUUGGAAAAUGUAAGUCUAAUUUAACAACCAUAUAAUCUAUACUUUUAAUUUAUUUAUGUUUUUUUAUGUUUCGAUGACAUGCGCCUAAUUGGAAUACAACUCGAAAUAGCAUAUAUUGUUUUACAACUUAAAGCAUAGUUAAUAUGGGUUUAAUUAUUAGUUUGGUUUUCCAUCAAGUCUAAAUGAGAAAAAAAAGAAAAAAUAAGGAUGUGGGACCCGACGUGUGUACAUACCGUACAUAAGUACAUAUUUUUUUUUCUUACGGAGAAAUACAUGUGUAUGUACUGUAUGUAGGUACAUACUUUUUUUAAGGAGGAAUAUCUACGUACCUAUGUGCAUGUAUAUUGGACGAUAGUGGCAUUAUGACGUGGGCCUUUUUAUUGAUAAAUUUAAUUAGUAAUUUUUAAGAUAGAUUUAAUGGUUGAAAAUAAUAGGUCCACCAGAUUAAAUGAAAAUCGAUGGUCGAAUAUUUUUCUUUUUUCUUAUAAUUUCUAUGAUUUAUUAGAGCGUCACAUGAUGGUAUAUGAGCGUUUAUAUGGUACUUGUGGUAAAUUAAAAGGGUUUGUAGGAAGUUUAUCCUCUUGAUUACUUUUUCUCCCUUUUUCUCUUUAUGAAAAUAUUUGCAACAAUAAUUUUUAAAUUACUACAUCCUUCUAAAUUAUAUAUUUAUUUGUAACGAUAUAUUUUAUAUCAUCAUAAUUUUAAACUUUUAAAUCAUACGUUUAUUUUUUAUCUAUUUGGACCAUUAUGUUAUUUAUGAUAAAAACCACAAUUAGAAUUUGACAUAUGUUGUCUAUUUCACUUGUGAAAUGUAUAUUCUUCUAAAUUCUAUUUACUAUUCCUUGAAUGUCAUUCAAACAUGUAUAAAAAGUUAUAAAAAUAAAGUGACUAUAUAUUAUUUUAUAUAUUAUUUCAUCUUGUACUACCUCACUGGGCAUGCAUAAAUAAAAUAGAAAGUGACUAUAUAUUAUUAUUGUUAGAUCGACUUUUUAAAGCCUCACUAAUAAGAAGAAUGCCUGAGCAGCUGAAAACAUAUAUUUUUAAAUCAUAUGUUUUUAUUGUAUGUUUGUUUACCAUAUUUGUAGAGUAAUAAAUUUUGUUUUUCUACUAUAGAAAAUACUAUUUUUAAAAAAUCUAUUUUUUUACCGACGUACAUAUAUAUUUUUAAUGAACAGUAUCUAAAGUUUUUUUUCAUUUGUGGGUACACACGUGAGAUUUCUUUUUUUCCCAUGAUGCAUACGUACGUGAAAUUUUCCUUUUCUUUUCCGCGUACGUAAGUGACGUGAGAUUUUCCUCUUUUUUUUCCAUUGUGAUCUAAUCCAAUGGUCUAAAAUAAUGGGUCCAUCAAUUUAAAUGAAAAUUGACGGUGAGAUUAUAAAAUGCCACGUGGCAAUCUAAGAGCGUUUAUAGGAACACCACACAACGGUUUAGGAGCGUUUCUAGAAAGUUUAAUGGACUUUUAGUAUAUAAUAGAUAGAUAGAUAGAUAGAUAGAUAGAUAGAUAGAUAGAUAGAUAGAUGGAUCACGUGGUGGCCUAGUAGCGUAUGUAUGAUGUUCAAUGGCCUUUUAGUACUCCCUCCAUAUUUUAAUAUAUGACAACGUUGACUUUUGGACCAACGUUUGACUAUUCGUCUUAUUCAAAUUUUUUGUGCAAAAAGGUAUUUAUGUCAUGUUUUAAGAACAUUUGAUCAUAAAUCAAAUCACAAUAAAAUAAAUAAUAAUUACAUAAAUUUUUGAAUAAGACAAAUGGUCAAAUGUAUCUUAAAAAGUCAACAGUGUCAUACAUUAAAAUAUGGAAAGAGUAUAUAAUAAUAUUCUGCCUCAAUGAUUGGUGGAUAGCAGUACAUACAUAGAAUUGAUACAAGGGCUAAGUGUAACAUAGAAUUGACACAUAAGGCAAGAUAUGUGUGAGACGAGUACAUUGGACCUUAUAUACUAUAUACUCAGAUUAACUUAAGUUUAAACUCGAAAGAUUGAAGAUGAACGGAUAAACAUAUACACCUCCUAUUACUCUUAAUUAAGACACAUUGGUCUAGUUCAUUUAACUAUUUUUUAUAGUCCUUUAAAUACUAAAGAUAUAAUUAUAUCAAAAUAUUUAUCUAGACAUAUCUAGAUUUACAUUAUUGUGAUAAUUCAUAUUUUAAAGUGGAGAUAAUAUUUUUAAUGCUAAUCACAAUUAGAGUAUUUUAGUUUGGGAUAUUGUAGAUUGCUUUAAAUAUGAAAGUUAUGAUGACGUCAAUUUUUCAUGAAAUAUUUAAGUAACAUUACUUCGUUUUGUGAAAAAUAAUAUUAUUUUAACAUAUCAAUAUUAGAACAGUGGUAUUUUUUUUGAGUGCUAAGCAGAACUAAUUAUAGUAUUUUAUUUUAUGAUAUUAUAGAUCUAAUCUAAUUAUACAUGAUUGUGAAGUGAUAUAUGAUGAUAUGAUCUACAUUAUCUAUUUCUACAUAAUUUUUUUUAUUAUUGGGAUGGCAUGCGAAAGGUACUGAUAUGAUUUAAAAUAAUAGAGGAAUUAUUUUUGAAUGUUACUAACGAUUUAAGUGUUUUUAUUUUUGUCAUAUCUAUCAUAUUUAAUUUUUUUAUGAAUAUUUUAUAAAGUGAUACUUGAUCAUAUAAUAUACAUUGUUGUUUUUUCUAUUUUUUUUAGCAGUUUCAAUUGCAUCCUAAGGUUAGGAUAUGAUGAAAAUUAAAUAUUCCUUAUGAGUUAAAUAAUAUAGUAGCUUUUAUUGGUAAAUAAUAUAGUAGCUUUUAUUGGUAUUUGAAUGAUUGAUUAAGCACUAUGAAUACGACAAUGAAGAACGAUAAAAAAGAUUUAUGUGCAAUUUAAAGGUUAUGAUUAUUUCUCUAUACGAAAAUUAUUUAAAAAAUAUUUUUAAUUAUAAUAAACUUGAAAAGAAAUAAAGAGACGAGAAGAUUUGAUAGGAGGGGGGAGGAUACGUACUCACGUAGGGGAGGAGGGUGGGCUGGUGGGGAGAGGGGAGGGAGAUGGAUUGUGGUGUUUUUUUUUUCUAAAAAUAAAUCUAAUAGAUGAAAAUUGUGGGCCUACCGAUUUAUUAGAGAGCCACGUAGCAGUUUAGGAGCAUUUAUAGGAAUCCCACAUAGCGGCUUGAAAGUUUUUGUAGGAAGUUUAAUGGACUUUUAGUAUAUAAUAGAUAGAUAGAUAGAUAGAUA